AUGGUAAGUCACUUAGAACAUAAGGCUAAGUUACUUAAGCAUACGACAUACCAGUUAAGUCUCGCGGCUCAUCUGGGCGAUAAAGUCCUCUCGGGUCAGCCCACACCGCAUGGAGAAGUUGCACAGAUAGAGGGGCGCGUGAUUGGACUUUAUUCCCAAAUGAGUUGGCGAGACGCGGGGGUUCCAAUCACCGCUGCUCUAAUCUGUGGAAUUUCUCUUUGCAGGAUGUGGCGCUUGACAGCGACGCUGCUGCUGCUGGCUCUGGCUUCGGCCGAACCCCAGGGAUACAAUUACCUGCCUCCUCGUCCCAACACGCCCUGCCAGACGGUCACCUCCGUCGUCUACGACACCCGUGUCCAGACCUCCGUCAACGUCCAGACUGUAAACCAAGUCAACACUCAGUACAGGACGACCACGGUGGUCAGACAACAGGUCGUGCCCACCACUCUCUUCCAGACCCGUGUCCAGACGCAGGUUCAGUACCAGACCAGUGUCAUCCAACAAACAACUACCCUCUUUAAUAACAGAGUUCAGACCCAAACUGUCCCCAGUCCACCCAUUGUGCAGACCCAGUACGUAACAUCCACCCGCGUUGUACCACAGGUCAGUUACGUCACCCAGACACAAACACAGACUCAGGUCGUGCCUGUGGAGGUGACCCGUACACAGGUUCAAACAAUCAACCAGCCUGUCACCAACUACCAGACUCAGGUACAGCAACAAACACAGGUCGUUACGCUCCCUGGUCGCGAUGUUGUGCGCACACGGGUACAGACUGUUGUCCAAACCUCAAUUGUAAGGCGUCAGCAACCAGCCAACACUCGCUAUGUGACUUCGACACGUGUGCAACAGGUGGUACAGACAUCAGUCGUCCGCGGACAGGACGUCGUAAGGACCAGCGUUGUCCAGAGACAACAGGUCAUUCCUUUCACAUCUGUCAACACGCGUUACGAGAAUGCCGUCGCCACUCGCGAACAGGUGGUGACGAGGACCAACGUGGUUACCCAGACUCGCGUCCAAACCCAGGUGGUGCCCCAGGAGGUGGUCAGCACCCAGGUGGUUCCCACUACCAUCUACACCACCCGCUACGAGACCCGGGUUCAGCCCUUCACACAGGUGCAGACCGUGGUCAGGACCCAGUAUGUCACACCGGCUCCCGUGGUACAAACCCGACAGGAAGUGCGGACCUCUGUGGUCCAGGUACCCGGUCAGGACCGCGUGGUCACCAGUCAGGUCGUGCAGACCCAGCAACAGCAGCAGGUCGUCUAUCAGACAGUUAACCAGCCUCAGCAAAUUACCGUCACCCAGACUAUCACAGCCACAUGCGGACAGACUGGUUACAAUUACCCAGCGCCGGCUCGUCCUUUUAACUUUAGAGGAUAA